CAACGCAUCAUUUACAUCAUUUACAUCAUCCUGUCACCGUUUCCUUAUUGCUGGCUUCGACAUGCAACAUAAUGUAGUAUGCAUACACUGAUAACUAAUACUUCCAUGGGACCAUAUAAUCGCAAGAAAGAGAAGGAACCGAGGUCAAGUUCCUCUGCUGCCAUUGCUUAUAAUGGCUAGCCCGGCAAAGAAGCGGAAGCUAAACGGUGGCAGUAGCAACAGCAGCAGCUCGAAACCGUCAGCUUUGCCUUCUAGGGGUUUGGAAUACUUCUUUUCGAAGCAAAGCAAAAACAAUGAAACCAAUAAUAAGGGACAGGAGGACCAUGAGAUCACAGAUGAAGAACUCGCCCGAAAGCUCCAGGCCGAGUGGGACAAGGAAGCUGAGAAUGCGGGACGAGCCUCCGGAACGCCGGUAGCUUCGGGAACUACCGGGAUUACCGAUGCUCCGAAUAUUGAAGAACCUUCCAAUAUAUCCCAAAAAUCUCCAGAUAUCGUAUCGGAGACCAAAAGGAUAGAAAGUAAAGGAAAAGGCACCUUGUCGCUGCAGUCCGUCUCGGCUUCCGCAGACACCAUUUCCGAGAAUAUACCCUUUGAUGAAAGUCCCUUGACGUUCGAUCCCGCCAAGUACGUUCCGAAGCUUCAAGAGCACUGGACGAGUGAAGGUGGGCAUGCAUCAUAUGCACUUCUCACCCGAUGCUUCGUGCUCGUUAAUGGCACCUCCAGUCGGAUCAAAAUAGUGGAUACCUUGGUCAACUGUCUCCGUGUUCUCAUAGAAGGGGACCCCGAGAGCUUACUACCAGCAGUCUGGCUUGCUACCAAUUCAAUCUCGCCCCCGUAUAUAUCACUAGAGCUUGGUUUAGGCGGCUCAGCCAUCUCUAAAGCACUGAAAAACGUUUGCGGCCUAGAUGGCCGAUCCUUAAAGGCGAUCUACGAUAAAUAUGGCGACGCAGGUGAUGUCGCCUUCGAGGCGAAGAAAAAGCAAAGCUUCACUUUACGAAAGCCUAAACCUCUAACCAUCAAGGGCGUUUACCAAUCACUCGUCAAGGUAGCCAACAGUCAAGGCCAGGGUAGUGCAGAGGUAAAGCAACGCAUUGUGGAUAGACUACUCCAAGAUGCCCGCGGUGGCGAGGAGAGCCGAUACAUCGUUCGUACGCUAUGCCAACACCUUCGUAUUGGCGCAGUCAAGACCACGAUGCUGAUUGCUCUAUCGCGUGCCUUUCUCCUUUCGCGACCCCCUGGAGCAAACUUUCCCCUGAAAUCAAUCGAUGAGCUCAGAGCAUUGAAGAAGGAAGAGCUUGCCGAGGUAUGGUCUAGGGCCGAAGAGAUAGUCAAAGCCUGUUUCGCGAGGCGGCCUAACUACGAUGAUCUAAUCCCGACUAUGCUGGAGAUUGGAGUGUGCAAAGAGUUGCUGAUAAGGUGUAACUUGACUCUACAUAUACCCCUGCGGCCGAUGCUGGGGAGCAUUACGAGAGAUUUGUCGGAAAUGCUCACAAAGCUGCAAGGAAGAGACUUCGCGUGCGAAUUCAAAUAUGACGGGCAGCGGGCGCAAGUCCACUGCGACGAGAAGGGCAAAGUAUCGAUCUUCUCGCGACAUUUAGAAGUCAUGACAGAUAAAUAUCCCGAUCUAGUGGAACUCGUACCUAAGAUUCGAGGCGAAAACGUCAGUAGCUUCAUCAUGGAGGGGGAAGUCGUUGCGGUGGACCGGCAAACGGGGGAGUUGAAGAAUUUCCAGACUCUCACGAACCGUGCCCGUAAGGACGUCGCGAUAGGCAGCAUCACCAUUGAUGUGUGCUUAUUCUCCUUCGAUCUCAUGUAUCUCAAUGGCCAGCCGCUACUUGAUCGACCAUUUCGCGAGCGGAGGUCGUUACUGCGGUCUCUCUUUACGGAAAUACCUCACCACUUUACGUGGGUCAAGAGCCUCGACGCCACAUCCCAGGACUCUGAGGCCGUGUUGGAUUUCUUCAAACUCGCUACAGAUACCAAGUGCGAGGGCAUCAUGGUCAAAAUCCUCGACAACCUACCCGACCUUCCGCCCCCUAGAGAAGACGUAGAAGAUCCCAAUAGGACCGCUCCAAAUAUCGAAGAAAGCGAGCUCCUAACCCAGCCCACCAAAUCCAAGGGCAAGAAAGGAAAAAAAGGAAAGACCAAAGCCGCAACAGAGCACGACAACGGGGAAGAAAAGCCGAAACCUUCGUCGCGACGCAAACCCCUCCUUGCCACCUACGAGCCAGACAAGCGCCUCGACUCCUGGCUCAAGGUGAAGAAGGACUACAGCAGCUCGUUUGACACCCUGGACCUGGUGCCCGUCGCGGGGUGGCACGGCCAGGGCCGCAAAGCCAAGUUCUGGUCGCCGAUUCUACUGGCUGUGCGCAACGACGCCACGGGCUCCCUCGAGGCCGUCUGCAAGUGUAUAUCUGGGUUCACGGACGCGUUCUACAAAGCCAAUAAGGCCUUUUACGAUGACGGGUCUGGCGAAGGAGAGCGGGAUGGUUCAGGCAGCCCACAAGUACAGGAAGUCAUCGAGGAAAACACCAACACCAACAGCAAGAAAAACAAAAACACCCGCAAAUCCCAACCCAGCUUCAUAGAGUACUCUGGCCCCCAGCCAGACGUCUGGUUCGAGCCGCAGGAGGUCUGGGAGAUGGCCUUCGCCGACGUCACGCUCUCGCCCACGUACACGGCGGCCGUCGGGCUCGUGAGCCAGGAGCGCGGGCUCAGCCUGCGGUUCCCGCGGUUCCUGAGGAGGCGCGAGGACAAGGGGAUAGAGGAGGCUAGCACGAGCGAGUUUUUGGCGGCGCUGUUUAGGAAGCAGGAUGCUAGGGUGGUGGAUGCGUCGGUUCAAGACAAGGAGGAUGAAGGGGAUGAGGGAGAGGGAGAGGGAGAGGGGGAGGGGGAGGGGGAAGAGGAGGAGGAAUUAUGAGUGGAAGCUCUUUUUUUCAAUUUGAACGAGGGAUAG